AAAUCUCAUCGCCUUUUCGAUCACGAUUUUAAAAUGCACUUAUUUUUAUACCUGUCCAUAAUAAAAAGCCGGGACGUUGUUCUCAACUCUCAUUUAGUUUUAAUUUCUUGUCAAUUAUUAAAUAGUGAUAAUUAUCUAAAAUAUCACUUAGUCACUUUUAACAUCACUAAAUUGAUUUUCUUUUAUCUUUUAUUACUUAUGUGGUAAUAAAUUAGUAUUAUUUUUAUCACAUAAUUAUUUAAAAUUUCAAUUAGUAAAACAUAAAGGUGCCAUUUUAAUAAAUUUUCUUACAAGUAUUUAACUUUUUUUUUAAUUUAAUAAUUCAUCCCAAGUAGUUGGGAUUAAGGCGAGGACGAAGAAGAAGUAUCAUUAAUUAACUCCACAAUGAAGCUCUUGAUAUUAGAAGUAUUAUAUUUACUCUUGUUCAUAUCAAUUGUAAAUGGCCAUAUAAAUAAAAAAACUGAAGAAGAAAAACGUUUAAUACUGUAUAGAAAAAAUGUAUACAAUGCAAAAGAGGAAUUGUAUAAUUGUUUGAAAAAUAAUAAAGUUAUUGAUAAAGUCAUAAGUAUACUCAAACAAUAUAAAACGGAUUUUAAAGAAAUGUUGAACGAGUUUAGAGUACGACUUUAUGACAGAUUAAUUACACCUGAUCAUAUGCAUACAAAAAUGGGAAAAUACAUAUGUGACAAAUAUAUAAUGGAAAUAGACAAACAUGGUGGAACUUCGAGUUGUUUAAAAAAAGUAAAAGUGUGUUCUGAAAUAUUUUAUCAUUUUUUGAUGUUGAAUAUACAAUACGAGGAACCUAAUAGCGUAGAACUUAAAGACCUUAACGAUGAACAUCUUUUAAUUACUUUGCGGAAAAAUGUUGAAAUAGCAAGAUUAGCUUUAAAAGAUUGCUUAAAAUCAGUCAACCUCAACAAUAGAAUAACAACAUUUUUUGGAAAUUAUAUUUUAGAUUUUAAAGAAACUUUAAAUGAAUUUCGAGUUCAACUUUAUGAUAAAAAAAUUCAAAUGGAAAAUGUGGAAAUACAAAUGGGAACUUAUAUUUGUAAUAAAUAUAAAGAACAUGAAUUAGCUAGGCACGGUUUAAAAGAGGGUUGUAUGUUAAAAGUCAAACAAUGUGCAAUUAUAUUUCAAAACAAACUUGAAAAUAUUUCGCAAAACAAUGAAGACAAAUCUAAUGAAUCAGAUGAAAAACAUAAUGAAAAGGUAUCAGAAGAAGCUAAAGAAGAAGUUAAUGUUGAGAAGACGAAUUAUUCAGAAGAUUCCAUUACACAUCAAGAAAAAUUUGUGAACGUAAGUGGUUCAAAUAAUAUUGGAAUUGAAGAGAGUAAUUUCACUAAUAAAUGUAAAAUUAUUACUGAAACAAGAGAAGAAAGCGAAGAAGAAAUUUCAAAAAAGUUUAUGGAAAUUAAUGAAAAUGAAAAUAUUGAUAGAUCAAAAGAAGAAUGCAUGGAAGAGGACACAAAAAAGUUUGAAGAUUCUGAUGAAAAUGUAAAAGUUGAUGAAUCAAAAGAAGAAUGCGUGGAAGAGGACAUGGAAAAGUUUGAAGAUUCUGAUGAAAAUGUAAAAGUUAAUGGAUCAAAAGAAGAAUGCAUGGAAGAGGACACAGAAAAGUUUAAAGAUUCUGAUGAAAAUGUAAAAAUUGAUGGAUCAAAAGAAGAAUGCGUGGAAGAAGACACAGAAAAGUUUAAAGAUUCUGAUGAAAAUGUAAAAAUUGAUGGAUUAAAAGAAAGCAAAGAAGAAAAUACAGAAAAUCUUGAAGAAACUGAAGAACUCUACGAAUUAAAAAGUGAAAACGAAGGAAGAAUUGAUGAACCAAACAAAUCGGAAAAAAUUGACGAGCUUAAAGAACCUGAAGAAUCUUCUGUUAAAUCAAAAAACUCUGAUGAAGUUGAAGAUGAUAAUACUAAUGAAGCAAAUCAUAGUAAUGAAUCAAAAAAUAGUGAUGAGUCAGGUAAAAUAUCAGAUUCUGAAAAAGAAAGUGUUUUAGAACUUGAAGACACCAGAGAAAAGAGAAAAUUCAAUGAUUUAAUAGAAGACAGCCAAGAAAGACAUACAAAGAAUCUCGAUGAAACUAACGAAGUUAAACAGAUGAGUCAGUCAAAUGUAUCUGAAGGAUUGAAAAUCGAUAAAAAUGAAGAUAUAUCGGAUACGCCUAAUGAUUGUAAUGAUUCUGGAAUUGUUCAAGAAUCACAAGAAACUAAUGAGUCCCAAUCUAAAGAAGUGUAAAUUAUAAUGAGAAUUUUUAUUUUGAAAUAAUUUGUUUUCGUAAUUAUUACGAGAAUUAAUAUAUUUCAUUAAUAAAAAAUAUAUAUUUGAAUCUACAAUGUUACUGUAAUAACAUUUUUACAAUUAUUAAUAUUUAUUUUUGUAAAAUUUUAUUUAAUUGCU